AUGUCGCUCUUUGACGACCUCCCGCCAGUAGGCAACGAUCCGGCAGACACUCCAACUGCCCCGGCAGUUCCAGCAGCAGCUGCGGCACCUCCAGCGGUGCCCAAGCCUUCGUUAUACGGUGAUUUGUUGACGGGCGGCGUGACCGGACCAAUUGAGAGAGCACCGGUGCGAUAUGAUGCAAAGCUCGCCGAGAGGGAGGAGGCAAACAAGAUCAAUGAAGCAGCUCUUCGCUUCCAACCAAUCCUUACCCGCCGACCCGCUCCACUCAAGAAACCUGUCUUGAGACCUCUGGUUGCCCGGUCUACUACUGUCGCUCGUCCUAUAGUAGCGGCACCAGUCGUCACUACAUCCCUGGAUGAUUGGACCGAGUCCAUCGACAUCGAUCCAGAACCCAAGCGUCGUGCUCCGAAACGCAAGAAGUCUCGGCCACAGGCCCCACAAUGGGAUGAUGAAUACGACCCAGCGAAGCCAUGCGAGUACGAGGACUAUCUACGCUCCGCGGAAAGGGUUGAGGAGAGGAGAGAGUGGAGGAAUAGGAAUGUCGUGGAUGACAAAAGUGAGGAAGAGGAAGCACCGAGGAAUAUGAUGUUUGCACCGCCGGGAAUAGGUGGAGGGAUGAACUUUGCGCCGCCGCCGACGUUGACCGGUAUGGCUGGCAGGAAAGACGAGGAAGAGGAGGAAGAUGACUACAGACCCAGCUUUGGCGGCGGCAAUGGACGGAUGGGAUUGGGCAUGGCUGCUCCAGUUCCACCAUCAGCACUGCCGUCGGCCCUGGCACCUAUCCCGGAGGAGACAGCAGAAGAGGCAUACGCGCGAAGGAUGUACUUGUCAGCUGGUGUGCCACCCCCGCCUCCGCCUGUACAACCACAAGCACCAACAUUCGUCCGUCCUGCGGGGCCCACGCCAUCAAUGCCCACAUUCAUCCCAGCCUCUGCCCCACCAGAACCCCCAUCCCAUCCCAUCUCCCCGCCAACCGAAGAACAACGCUCCCUCCGCCCAGGCCAACGCGACUUCGCCUCCCGCCUCAUGUCAAAAUACGGCUGGCAAUCCGGCACCGGCCUCGGCGCCGAUCCCUCCCGCCGCGGAAUCCUCCACGCCCUCACCGUCGAAGCAUCAAAAGAACGCAAAGGCACAGGCCGAAUCCUGGAUGCAAAUCCUGUCCAGAAGAAUGAGGGCAGGUUUGGGAAGACGAGUAAGGUUGUUGUGCUGAUGAAUAUGGUUGGUGGAAGGGGUGAGGUUGAUGAUGAACUUGGGCAGGAGAUUGGGGAGGAGUGUGAAAAGAGUUAUGGGAAGGUCGAGAGGUGUUUUGUCUAUUCCAAUUCGUCGAAUGCAGUGCCUGAUGGAGAAGCGGUGCGUGUGUUUGUGAAGUUCACGGCGGAGCUGAGUGGAUUGAGAGCGGUGAACGCCUUGGAUGGACGACUAUUCGCAGGCAGAGAAGUACGGGCACGGUUUUACGACCAAAUGGCCUUCGAUCAGGGACGGCAUAACUUGCACCUUGGUUGAUUAGAUAUCCUUUCCAGCUAAUACUAAGCACUACAAAAUGCCAAAACCUAUCUAGCCAUGUGUGUGUGUAUCGAGA